CCAGGUGUACCAGCAGCUGGCUCGGGCGCUCUCGGAGGCCAACCUGCGCACGCACUGCCGCCGGCUGAUGCAGCCGGGCGGCAAGUGCUUUUGUUCGGGGAAUGACGGCGGCCAGUGUGAAGUGGUCGCCGCCAUGGACGGCAAGAAGCCGGUGUGCCUGGACGCGGGGCUGCUGCCGGAGGGCGAGCCGUGCCUGGUCUAUUCGUUCGGCGUCAGGACCGAUCCGUCGUUCGAGGUCGAGAUGGCGCGCUUCGGGUGCGAGGUGCACGCGUUCGACCCGACGGUGGCCAAAAUGACGUCGCUGCCGGCGGGCGUGCAGCACCACCUCAUCGGCAUCGACGGACGCACGUGGACGCACCGCACCGCCGAUGGCCGCGAUCUGCCGCUGAUGACGCUCGACGACCUCAAGAGCGCGCUGGGCCACGAGGGCCGUCGCAUCGACUACAUUAAGCUGGACGCUGAGGGCAGCGAGUGGAACGUGCUGCAGCACCAGCUGACCGCCGGCGGCACGGCGCUGCGCGGCACGCCGCAGGUGGCUAUCGAGUUCCACCUGAUGUUCCCGCACGGGACGCUCAGCGACAACCCGAGCUGGCAGCACCAGCUGUUGGAGGAGGACGCGCGCCAUCAGCUAAGGACGCUGCGCGCGCUGGAGACGGCCGGGUUCCGGCUUGCCACGAUCAAGUCCUUCGGCGAGUUCCCCGGCAUCGGCCUGGCGCACGCGUAUGAGACGCUCUGGAUCCAGCGCGAGGGGGGCGACGAGGGGACCUAGUGGUGGGCGCCGGGCUUAGUCAUAAUGCCGAGGUAUCAGUCCGAGCAUGCCGCUUCGAGUCUUUGGUGAAUCCCUCCAAGGUUGCUUGAGUCAGGGCUCCAGGUCGAGGCACUGAGAUGUUGAAUCUUGCUUCGGUCCAUGCUCCAGUGCCUUGAGUAUGAAUCCAAAUCCGAGAGAUUCAAUUACACUGGACAUGAGUCCGAUCUCGUCCCUGAUUCAUGAAUGCCAUUCCAAGAAGAGCAAUUAAAUGGAGUUUAGAGUCGACUACGAGCCCAUCACGAUAUUACUCUGUCAUGAAUGUUCUAUGACUGUAAUGGUCUAUACCUGCAAUGCUGUGGUUGCUCAC